AGAGUGGACCAAGCCUCUGAGUAUGCUGUCUGUGAAGCUUUUUCCCUUCAAAAGUCAAGAUAUCCACAGGGGCCUUGUCAUGGUCCUGUGACAAGUUUGGAAACCAUGGAACAGCUGCAAGAUCAUCAUGAGGCCUGUGAGGAAGCUCGAGAGCUGCUCAGUAACUGGAUGAAGUCCAAACUGCAACUGGAGCUGAUGAACAAUGGAGAAGCAGAAGUUGACUCUGUCCUCUCGGAAAGGCCUUCUGCAGCCCCUCUGAAGUGUGAGCGGUUUGAUGACUUGUACAGCUAUCUGGAACAUGAAUUGGAAAGUUCUUCUGUGCAAGAAUACCUACAGCAUCUUUUGCAGAUUGAAGUUGUGGACUGUGGGACAGUGGAAGACCUUAGACUUGACAUCAAAGAGAAACAAAAUCUUUCAGAUCCACGAAUAAUCAUGGAGCUUAGACACAAGCAGGUGAAAGAAAACCGAAUGAGGCGUCAGAAGGCUUUAGAGCUUCAGAGACAAGAAAAGUCCCUGAAGAAAUCAAUUCUGUCUAAGGCCAAGCUCCAAGCACAAGAGGAGGAGAGAAGGAAGGCCCUGAAGGCCAAGAAGGAGGAGGAGGAGAUCCGGAAGGAAAUGGUGAAGCUGCGAAAGGAAAUGGCUGAGAAAAAGCGCACCAUGGCAGAAGCACGGAGAAGGGAGGAGAAGAGACAAAGACUUCAGAAGCUGCCAGUGCAGGAGGUAUCCACUACUCCGUCAUCACCCGUCAUCUUGAAGAAAGAAGAGCAAGGAGAGGAGAAACAGAGAAAGGCUCAGGAGCUGCUGUGCAGGAUUCACACUAAUAAGCAGAGAUGCAUGCAGAAAUAUUUCUCUGCUUGGCUGAAAGUCGUUGUGGAGCACAGAAUUAAAAUGGGAAAAGCCAGAGCCCUUGCUGACUGGAAAUGCCAACUGAAGGCCCUGAGAGCCUGGAGAAACUAUACUUGGGCCCAAAAAGUAGAGCAGGAGGCACAGCAAUUGGAAGUCCAUCUCCAAGAUGAAAACAGGAAAACACAACUGUCUGUGGAGCAUAACCGGCGACGGCUUUUGCGCUGCUGCUUUCUGGCAUGGCAGCGCUGGAGCCAAGCAGAGACAGAAAAACGAGAGCUGCAGUUAAAGAGGGAGGAGACAAAGAGAAAAAUGGCACAGCUGCUAGAGGCAGUGUUGCUGAGAAAGAGUGGUCUGGACAGGCCACCGGAAGUUAACAAGGCUGGUACAGCAGAAAUAAACUGUCAUCAAGAUUUGCAGCAAGACAAGCCAACUGCAACUUGCCUUACCCACAAAGAGCCUGACCAGACUAGAGACCACUCUUGUUGGGAUGCUGCUGACACAUCUCAUUCCUCUGGAAAACCCAAAUUUGCCUGGGAGAGUACUCUAAAACAUGCAGCCUCGAGUGCCCAGGACCAGGCUGUGUACAGGAAUGAAACAGACACUCUCCCCCAGCACCAGCCACGUGGUCCAAAGACAGCUCCUGUUCAUGGAAGCCGUUUUGAGCAUCGUCAUGCCUUUCAGCAACAUUUAAUUGAGGAGCAAAGACAGCAGCUUCAGAAACAGCAAGAGCUGAUCCUUGAACUGCAGGAAAAUCAGAGGCUGAGCAGAGCUAAAGAAGAGGCUGCACAAGUUACAGCUGUAAUCCAGCCACUUAAAUCUGCUUCUCUAACCAGGGAGGAAAAACUGAAGGGGGAAAACCAAUCCAGAUGCAAGAAUACAAUCUCUUUGAGUCCAGCUGUUUCUCAUGGGCCACAAAACACAAGGGCAGUGAUGCAAGGCAGAAGGCCCUCCAGCCAGCUGACCUCAGCUCAUCCCAUACUGAAAGCUAUGGAGGAGAGAGCAAUUCAGCGAGCAGAACGGAGGAGGAAACUAGAAGAAGCCAAGCAACAAAGAAAAGAGGAAAAAUUGGCCCAGCUAAAGGCUGAAGAGGAAGCACGACAGAGGAAGGAGGCUGAGGAAAAGGAAGCUCAGCAGCAAAAACGACGGGAGGAGAGAAAGCAGCAGAAGCUGAAAGAGCUGGAGAAGCAGAGGAGGCUGGAGAGAGCGCAGCAACUGCAGAAAAAGGCCAGGGACCACUAUGAGAAGGUCCUGCUAAGAAAGCUGGGAAUGGUGCCAUGGAAAAAGCUGAGGGAGCAAGCCAAGGAAAACCUGGUGGUGGCCCAAAGGCACCACUGCUUGAGCCUGCAGAGGAAAUGCCUGAUGACAUGGCUCCAGGAUACCCAGGGGAGGCUCAUGGAGAAGGUGUCUCGGGCUGAGGUCUUCUAUUCUCAUACAUUGUUGAGAUGGGGCUUCAGGAACUGGCUAAAGUACAAGGAUUACCUCUCCACUCUGGAGGAGAGAGUGCGUACCCUCCAUGCAGCCUGCCUCAUGAGGAGGUACUUCUGGGCCUGGUUUGAUCUGAUCAUGGAGGAAAAAAGUAUCUUACAGGAGAAGCUGAAGAUUGCUACUGAACACAGUAACAAGGGACUCAUGCUGAAUGCAUUCAAGGCAUGGAGACAGUAUCCCUUACUGAUGAAAAAGGAAAGGGAGAGAGAAGAAAGGAGAAACCAGCUACGCAGGAGAGUAGCUGAAAUUCUUCCCAACUUCCGAACAUGA